AUCACGCUUGAAGUACGAAUGGGCACUCGAGGUGGUAAAGGAGGUUUUGGAAGUCAAUUACGUGCAGCAGGCGGAAAGAUGAGCUCUGCUAGAAAUGGAGAAGAAAAUCGUGAUUCAUGUCGUGAUUUGAAUGGAAGAAGGUUGAGCACGAUCAAACAAGCACGUCAAUUGGCAGCUUAUUUGGCCACGCAAGAUGAACGUCAACGUGCUCUGAGUGAAGCACAAAAGAAAAAGUAUGCAAAAUUGGAAAAGAUGCUUGGGAGGAAACCAAGAAAAGAGGCUGAUUUCGUUGAAGCUGCACAAAAGUUGCAUGAUCAAGGUGGGGAGCUAGAUGAGGAGGGUAAUGAGACCGAGGACGACAAAGGCGAAGGAUCAUCCCGGAUGGCUGCUCCUAGAGCCAAGCCAGAAGAUAGCAAAGGAAAGAAGCGCGAGCGUAUCGAAGACUCUGAAUACGUAGAGCAAAGUAGAGAAAUCGUGGAAAACGUUCGGAGUGCAGUAGCAUCAGCAAUGCGAAAAAAGAAAAAGAAG